AUGGCCGACUUCACUCCAGAAGCUAGCACUCUCGGCUGGGCCCUCCGCCAAAACGGCACCUGCCUCGCACACGAACAAGACUGCGGGGAGACCGUCGCUCCAUACCGCGGCUGCUGCCCAGGCGGCUCGUACUGUCCCCGCGCCUACAACAUCGCCUGCUGUCCGUCGAGCUUGAACUGCACCGAAGCCCUCCAAGCACGUCCAGCCUGCGCGAAUACAACGUGGGAUCUCUAUUACAACGGAGGGUAUUUUUGCUGCGAACAUGGGACGAAAGGGUAUGCAACGAGUUUUGACUCGAACGGGUGUGGGGAGCCGGAGUAUGAGCUUGCGGAGUCGGAGACGCUGUUGUCGAUUAUUUCGCCUGGGACUAUCUCAACAGACCCAAGGAGCACGCCCACCCCAUCUCUGACCCCGAUUACCUUGCGACCGGAACCUACACCUACACAAACACCGACCGCAUCCAGGACUGCCGAGCCAGAAAUCGGCUCCGCAUCGAGCCCCAACUCAGGCGCAAUAGCCGGCGGCGUCCUUGGCGGGGUUGCAGGUCUCGCGCUCAUCAUCGCCGUGGUCUGGUUCCUGUUGCGGACCCGCCGUCGAAACCAGCAACUGCCAGAGUCGGUGAGCACGGUCCGAGAGAUCGUGCAGAAGCAAUACCCCGCAGAUUCGGGACUGGAAUCAGCUGGUACGGACGGACAGGCAUAUCGGGGUGCGGAGCUCGGUGGGAUAUACCAGGGUGUGGCCGAGCUGCCGGGGCAUGAUGGCCGAUAA